GGAAACGAACGUUUUUUUCCUCAACUUUUAAUCCAGAAUCACCAAAAAGACAUGGCAGCUUCCUGGAUCACCCCUCCAACGAGAACGGAACUAAUUGAAAAUCUAGUGUCUGGUGUAGACCGUUACAACCCUUCCAACGUCGGUAUCCUCGAGGACUAUCUAUAUCACCAAAUACGGAGUCAGGAAUACGAUUGCUUGGCUAAUCUUGCAAUCUUGAAGCUUUACCAAUUCAACCCAGAUCUCUACAACCCCGACGUGGUCAUAAACAUCCUCAUAAAAGCCCUUGGCGCCUCUCCUCUGCCUGACUUCAACCUUUGCAUAUCACUGCUCGAUGAGAGACCACCAAAUGCCUCUCUUGAUGAGCCUGAUCCACUUCCUGUUCUUCUUCCUGUUCUUCACGGACUGCAUCACCUUCUCUAUCGUUGCCGGUUCCCUGCAUUCUGGAGGGCUUACCGGUCAGACCAACUGGAGAGUCUGCGGGACAAUUACACUGUCGAAUGCGCAGGGUUCGAGGAUUCGAUACGGGAAGUUGUCAUUCGUGCUGUGAAAUCAACUUUCACUCGCAUUGGCACCGAUCGUUUAGGCCUGUAUCUCGAUUUGGACUCACCAGAAGAGUUGAAAUCAUACAUUGACAAGCUUGGAUGGACGCUGAAUUCUGAAGGGACCGUUGUUAAUAUCCCUGCCAACCUCGAUAACCAGAUCGAGGCUGUCGUAGUUCAGGAGAGCAUCAAACUUCCCCAACUCACUAAAGUGAUCGCACAAGCAGCAAGGUCGUAGUCAAAUUAUAUUGUACUGUAACACCUCCUUCUAUUCACUUACACCAGACUCAUCCAUAUGCUGGUGAAUAU